GCUGCAGCCGGACCUCUCUCACGUUACGGCAUCAACACCAACCUGGGCCCCAUCUCAAUCUUCGUCCCCACUGCGGCUCUAUACCGCCCACCCUGAAUCACCAUGGCCUCACUCCAGGGAAAGAAGGAUAUGCGACGCGCCGACCUCAUCGUGCCCUACGCCGAGCCGGCCAAAGACAAGUCAGAUGGCGACAUGUCGAGCACAAUGGCCAGCACGCUGCCCAUGGCUGCUGUAUUCACCCGGAACAAGAUGAUCGGCUGGGUAUCCGUGGUCUUCUCGGUGCAGUCCUGGCUCGCUGAGACCUCAGAGCAAAAGAAGACGUCCACCACCCCGGCUUACUUCUCCGUUGGCAUGGCUGUCAUGUCUCUGCUCGUCAGUUACUCUUCCCUCAUCUUGCCGCCACCUGGCAGCAUCGGUACGGGCACCGGGACACAGGCAGCACCAGCUGCGGCGCCUCCAUCGUAGUCUUCACCAUGCAUGCAUGAAGCGUUGCUGUGUUCAGCAUCGGCGCGCUAGCCGUUGAGCACGGCAGGUGUACUGUGUAACUGUAUAAUGGAUGGGCCGCCGAAGACGUGAAAACGCGAGAGUUUCGCCAAUGGCAAUGUGGGCCGAAUAACGGAGAGCUGGGUAGACGCAUGAAUUCAUUCAAGCAAAUCAGCUCCAAGUCUGACCUUCGCCCAAUCUGAUGUCUCACUAAGUCG